AUGAAACGCACCAGAGCGCCAAAAGAACAAAAUCCAUCAGAAAUCAAAAAAAUCCGUCGAAAAUCGGAAACGGAUAAUGAAAAUGUCGCAGGCAACCGAGAAAAUCUUCCCAAAAAUCCGAUCCUCACAAGUUCUGGAGCACAGCUCAAAAUUAUUGCGAAACUUGGCGAAGGAGUUUUUGGAGCUGUUUAUAAGGUCGUAGAUCAUUCUAAUAAAAAAUAUGCUGUGAAGCUAUUCAAAGAAGAGCACAGUGAAGUUGGCGAACAAUCGUGGGCUCGAGAAACUGCGAUUAUGAAAGCAGUAACUGCUAUCAAUAGUGCAAAUUUAAUACGAAUGGAGGAUAGCUGGAGAAUAAAUGAAUCGGUUCCAAACGGAUUUCUUAAAAUAGCGAUUAGUUUUGAGUUAAAAGGACGGUCAGUGUUCGAAGUGAUGGAUUCCACGAAAGGAAAAAUGCCGGCGGGAAGCGAAAUUUCAUUUGAAAUUAACGCGAUUCGAGUUAUGGGAAAACAGUUGCUGGAGGCGAUGGAGAAGCUGGAAUCUGUGAAAAUUGUGCACUUGGACCUGAAGCCCGAAAACAUUUGCUUCUCCUCGUCCUGUACCUUCAAGACUACUGUAACUGGAAAUGUGUGCUUUAUUCAGCCAUCGAUAUUCCACGUGUGUGUGGUGGAUUUCGGAAAUGCUCGGACGAUUCGUCAGGAUAAGCCGCCAAAAUAUGCACUUGUCCAGACUCAAAACUACAGAGCACCUGAAAUCUUCUUGGGACUUCCGUUUUCAGUGAAAUCGGAUAUCUGGUCGUUUGGUUGUAUUCUUAGUGAGCUCUACACUGGCGACCUGCUCUUUUACGGAAAUUCGAAAAGUGACACGGAAGAGCUUCAAUUCGAAUUAAUGCAGAUGAUUGUUCAACAACCUCCGUCGUGUGCCAUGUUGAGAGAAGCCGAAAAAAUCAAAAGCACAAAAAUUCGGAUUGAAAACGGCAAUGUGUACAUGAAGCGGAAAUCGAAAUCAUCGUUUGAGCCGCCAAAGCCGCUUCAUAAGCAACGACGUCCAAAGGAUUUAGAAGCGAUUCCACUAUUCGACCUUCUUGAAUGUAUUCUCAUCGUCGACCCGUCAAGGCGCCCAUCAUUACGUGACAUUUCUUCGAGAACAUUUUUCAAAUAAUUUUUAUCGAUUUUUUUUUUAAUGUUCCUUCGUAUUCAUCCGUAUUCACAUUACCCUUCUGAACUUCCUACGGUUUUUUCCCAGUUAGAAAUUCCUUUUUCCACGGGAAUUUCUACUGCUUUAUCCCUCUUUUUCUCGUAUUCUCUGCAAUUUCCAUUAUGUUUUUUUGUUAUUUUUACGGUGGUUUUUUUUUGUUUCUCCCGUAUUUCCUGCAAACAUCAUUUUUCUGUUUUUUUUUUCGUCUUUUUUAUUAGCACGAGCUGUCAAAUAAUAUUAAUAAAUUUUUUUUUCGCUUUU